UAGAUUGAAAUUCAGAUUUUUUGAAUUUUAUUCGAGUGAACACUUUAUUUUGUUGAUAAAAAAGUACUAAAUAAAUAAACGUUGCCGGCUCGUUCUAUUAGAUUCAUAAUUUAAUCAUUAUUACCAAAAGUGGAGUGCUGUAUUGCUAAACCUUUGUAAGAAUAAAAAUAUAAAUUUAGGUUAUACAGAAACCGACUAUCUUAUCGAACUUCUAGCUGAACAAAGUUCACUAUGGCUGCCUUGAAAACUUCAAAAAAUGUUAGAUCUAUGAAACUGUUCUGUUCGAAAUACGUGCCACUAAUAACUACGACUAGAAACCUUAAUUUACAAGAAUACCACAGCAAAGAUUUGUUGAGGCAGCACCAGGUUUCCAUUCAAGACUUCAGGAUUCUUGAUUCUAAGUUAGACCUGAAACCCUUGAAAGGUUUUUCAGCUAAUGAGUAUGUUGUAAAGGCGCAAAUAUUGGCUGGAGGUCGCGGCAAGGGCCACUUUGAUAAUGGCUUUAAGGGAGGGGUUCACUUGACCAAAAAUUCUAAUGAAAUUGUUGACUUGGCUAAGAACAUGUUAGGACAUAAACUCAUCACUAAGCAGACGCCUAAAGAGGGCAUAUUAGUUGACAAAGUUAUGGUUGCUGAAAGUGUGAAUAUCAAGAGGGAAACUUACCUGAGUAUUGUGAUGGAGAGGAGCUACAAUGGUGCAGCUUUAGUGGCUUCUCCUGCUGGAGGCAUGGACAUUGAGGCAGUGGCAGCUGACACUCCUCAUCUCUUGAAGACCAUUCCCAUUGACAUAUUUGAAGGUGUCACAGACAAAGUUGCUGAAGAAGUUGCAGAAUUCUUGGAAUUCAAAGGACCACUGAAGAAAAAGUGUGCUGAGGAAGUCAAGAAGUUGUGGCAAUUGUUUUCAAAGGUGGAUGCCACUCAAUUGGAAAUCAACCCACUUGUAGAGACAGAUGAUGGCAGAGUGAUAGCCGUGGAUGCAAAAAUAAACUUUGAUGACAAUGCAGAAUACCGCCAGAAAGCCAUAUUUGCACUUGAUGAUGUCUCAGGGACUGAUCCACGUGAGCGUGAGGCUGCUGCCUUGAACCUGACCUACAUUGACAUGGACGGCAGCAUCGGCUGCAUGGUUAAUGGGGCUGGUCUGGCCAUGGCUACUAUGGACCUCAUCACACUGAGCGGAGGCCGACCGGCCAACUUCCUGGACCUCGGCGGAGGAGUGGGGCAGUCACAAGUAUCGGCUGCUCUAAGGAUUUUGGAGUCGGACCCCAAAGUUAAAGCUAUUUUCGUCAAUGUCUUUGCUGGCAUUGUUAACUGUGCUACAGUUGCUCAAGGUAUUGUGGCAGACUGCAAAGAGAACCCCCCCAAGCAUCCUUUGGUAAUCAGACUUGAAGGUACCAACUCGGCUAUAGCUAAAAAGAUCCUUGAAGAAUCAAAAAUGCCAUUCAAAAUCAUUAAUGAUGCUGAUGAGGCUGCAAAGACUGCAGUCAAAUUGGCGCAGUAAGAAGAUAAAAAGAAUCAGUACAAAUCAAAGAUAUUAUUUUAUUUACGUAGGUAGUAAUAGUUGGUGCUGAUUAUCUUUUAUGUUCAGUUGAUAUUAUUAUCAUAUCUGUGAGAAAAUCUUUGUUGGUUAUGAUAUGAAAUUCGCAUAGUUAAGACUGAUUUCUUCCGAAUUAUUUCACCGGUUUAAUUGAAUGCACCUAUUCUUUUAAUCAAUGUGACCUUAUUAUGCCUAUAUUGCUACUUUCAAAAGUUAUUUUAAUUUGGCUAGAUUACUUAGUCCCAAGUCUUCCACAGUGUAUUCAUAUUAAUUGAUAAGUUGUAAUCAUUUUUAUAUAGUUGAAUAAAAUGUUAUUGUUGCAUAA